AUGGGUACCAUGCCAGAGGACUUGCAGUGGUUUGCACAAAGAACAAUUGCACUCGCCGCGGAGGCACGAGACACUCUUCAACAGAACCGGGCUGCACUUCCGUCCGUCCCUGUUUCACUUUCAGAUGCAGAUCCUGCCAUCGCUACCCUGCAGGACGGUGCCUUGAUCACCACCCGCCAGAAGGAGCUUUUCUGGUAUUGGGACAUGUUCGGGGUCAUCGGGCUGACAUACUGCAUCCGUCAGAUCGCUGUCGAGGAAGCUCACGCCGAGGACCAGACAGGCGUCAACGCCAAAGGCUUGAAACGGAAGCGUACUUCCACGCCGGAGCAUAACAGCUCCGUUGACAAUGACUACGACGACCCGGAUGAUCACUCUUCUUGGCGCAAACUCGUCCAAGAUUGUGACAAGAGAGAACAUUCAAGAGCCCUAUUCUACAUAUCCUCGUUGCCUGCCGAAGUCAUCACCGCUCUCAUACGGGAGGAUCUCCCAAGUAAGAUGCAAGAGCGUCAAUUCAAACACAAGUACUCCAAACAGGUGGAAAUCCAGAACACUCCCGGCACGCACAAUGUCUACAUCGCCCGAGCUCUCAAGCCGGCGCCAACUCAUGGCCCACAAGACGGCAAUGUCGCUCCUUGCUCGUCAGAGUCCACAUCCGAUUCAAUGCUCACAGGCUGGGGCUUGAGCUUACGUCAGAUGAAGGAAGUAGUUGACACUGUAACCAAGUACAUCAAUGUGGGAAGUGAUGGCUCCGAGGCCUUGGCGCUCGCCAUCGAUUCGCAUGGCGCAGACUUGAUUGAUUCCCUUGAUUACACAGCACAACGGAAGUUUGGAGCUGGGAACAACAAGGACAACUUCGAAGGCCACCGUUUGUGGACCGAGAACUUCCGCUCCAACUAUCUGUACCACCUUGACCAGUUGAAGGAGAAAGGCAUGGAUCAACGUCUUGAUCAGCCUCUCCGAAGAUGCCUGACGUAUACGGGUCUCUCGAAAAACGUGUUGGGACGUGUACCCAAACAUUGGAAUCCCGGCGACAGUGGAAGUCCAUUGCUUGGGUUACUGUUGGCUGUAUGUCAGCACCUGUUCGGGAAGGACUUUGACAUCAAGGAUUCUACUUAUCAAGUCUUCAGGACCGUCCAAGUUGAGGACAUUGGUCUGGAUGAGAUGUUGACAUGCAUCCUCACAUCCGCCAAUGCUCGGGAUGGCGGAUUGAACUUUACAUGGCCGGGCGGCAGCACUGGGAACAGAUCCAGUUUGGACGACGCCAAUUACCUCGAAGGACUGAAGAAAAACCGGGACUACAUCCGGGAUACGGGGUACCAAGCUGCCAACAUCCAGGAUUCAUGUGAUCGUAUUCACAGAGCCCGUCGCACACUUGGUCUGACGAUUCAGAACCGACAGACCCUGAAGGAGGUCGAAGCUGAAAACGAGGAGCUUUCAGAGUUGAUAGAAGAGGUCGAGACCGAGGCCAAGUGGCUAGCUGCGGUCGAUCAAAACCUCACGCUCGAGCGAGUCCUCGAGGCAGAGGAAGCCCGCAAGUUGGAGCGAGAGGCGCGCGAGGCAGAGGAAGAGGCCCUCCAGGCUGAGCGAGACAUCGAGCUUGCCCGUCUGCUAAAAGAACUUGAACAGGAACAGUAG